AUGGUGGAAUGUGAAGUUAAACCCCUUGAAGACAUUUAUAAGGAGCAUUGUGAUGAUAAUUUUGAUAGCGCAGAUAAGAUUGUCACCUUCAUAUUGAGGUUGAUAGUAUUGGCGAUUUCUAUUUACUCAAGUCUUUUAGUUCUCAUGAUGAUCAUAAUGAGUAAAAAAAAAUAAUUUUGGCCAUUUAAGUUAAUUUUUUGUUAAGUUAUAUCUGAAUGCAUUGAUCUCGUGUUGGCUUUAACCUUUACCAUUAAUAGUUCAUGCUGGCCAAAAGCGUGCAAACUAAUUGGAUAUUUCAUGCAUUCUAAUUGGCUAGCCUCUUUGAUAUUUAUGCUAUUCUAAUGCCUAAUAUACUUUGUUUUGAUUCGAUCAGAAUUUUUAUUCAACCUUAUAAUGAAGUACCUCUACAUCAUAUUGGCUAUACUCUAUCUAAUACCAUACGGAUUUCUACUUAGAGUAUAUCUAGAUGAUGGUUUUGGUCCUUCGGGAUGGUAUCUAUAAAAUGGAGAAUUCAAUUUUAUUUUUUGUGGAUUUAUUAAUCAUUAAAUAGUUGGAUUUUGGAUUGCCCCAGUAUCAACUCUGUUCUUUUUUUCAAUAUUGUUUUCAAUCUUUGUAAAACUACUUAACUAAAAAUAGAAUUGCUGCUAUUGGCAUCGCCUGUAAUACAAAAAAGAAUUGAGAUAUCCUGCCUUAAGGAUCCAAUCAAUGCUUCUAUUCCCCUUACUUUACUUCUUAGCAUGGCUUGUAAAUUUCUUAAUCAGAUUGCAAGACACUGAUUCUAACGAUUAAAACUAUUGCCCUCAAGAUUAGAUGAACUACUUUUUCUAUAUAUUUUAUUAAGUCUUAAACUUAGGAUUUGAAUUGCACUUGACUGUUGGGGCUAUUCUAUUUUUUUAUAUUUAUAAGUAACUUACUAUUAAUGUUUUAAAGAGGACUAUUUGGGAUAACUUCUUUGAGUGA